AUGGCGGCAUGGCGAACCCUCCUAUCGAUAAUAUUUAUCACUCAAGUCUGCGCUGAAGACCGUUAUUUACGCCGCGUCAAAGACAGCUGUAUCCUCCAGGGCGAAGCGCUAUCUUGUGUGAAGUAUAAAGCCCUCAAACUAGCGAAGAAAACAAUUUUCGGUGAUAUGAACAAUAACGACACUAUCGUCGCCAAUGACGUCAUAAGCUUUGUGCCUUUACGCGAGGAAACUAAUUUCAAUCUAACAGAAGAAGUCGAUUUUCUCGACGGUCAGAGGAGUAUUAUUUCUGAAUGGACGGAAAUCGCGAAGUACUUUAUGGGUUUGAUUCGGGAGUUCUUUAAGAUGAGAGGGUUGAGGGUCAAUUUGCCGCCCGGUUCUAGAACUAUUGAGGAACCCGAAAACGGAGAUGACGGUCGUGGAAAGAAGAAGAAGCUGGCAAUUAUGAUUCCCUUUCUUAACUUACUGGCAACAUUGAAGACGAAAAUGUUGUUAAUUCCAAUCUUGCUGGCUGUGAUGCUGAUCAAAAAGUUGCUUUUAGUUGCUGCUUUGCUGCUGCCAAGUCUACUUAGUACAUUGAAAGCAUGCAAGCACCACCACCCUAUGACGCACUAUUCAUACUUCGGCAGUGACUCGUCUGAUUACAACUCGGAUUACUCCAACGCCUAUGCUUAUUCCGCUGGAGGGGGGUACAGCAAGGAUUGGCCUUCAAACAGAGCCUAUACAAUCUCCAAACAUAGGCCCACACCAGCUCCUGCUUACUUCACCGCUCCUGGUACCGCGGCGUAG